AUGCGCCUGGGGUUGGAGGAGGAGCCACCAUCUAGUGCCCUGGCCAGUGUGGUCCAGCACCUCCCAUUGGAGCUCAUGGACGGUGUCAUCCGGAACCUCAGCAAUGACGACAGCGUGACAGAUUCCCAGAUGCUGACUGCCAUCAGCAGGAUGAUAGACUGGGUGUCCUGGCCCCUGGGGAAGAACAUUGACAAGUGGAUCAUUGCGCUGCUGAAAGGCCUGGCUGCCGUGAAGAAGUUCAGCAUCCUGAUUGAGGUUUCGCUUGCCAAGAUUGAGAAGGUCUUCUCCAAGCUGCUCUACCCCAUUGUCCGGAGCGCCGCCUUGUCUGUCCUCAAGUACAUGCUCCUGACCUUCCAGCACUCUCACGAGGCCUUCCACCUGCUCCUUCCUCACAUCCCCCCGAUGGUGGCCUCUCUGCUCAAGGAGGACUCGAACUCGGGGAGCAGCUGCCUGGAGCAGCUGGCAGAGCUGGUGCACUGCAUGGUGUUCCGGUUCCCAGGCUUCCCGGACCUGUACGAGCCCAUCAUGGAGGCCAUCCAGGACCUGCACGUCCCCAAUGAAGACCGCAUCAAGCAGCUGCUGGGGCAGGAUGCUUGGACCUCACAGAAGAGCGAGCUGGCCGGCUUCUACCCCCGGCUCAUGGCCAAGUCAGACACGGGCAAGAUUGGUUUGAUCAAUCUGGGCAACACAUGCUACGUGAACAGCAUCCUUCAGGCGCUGUUCAUGGCUUCUGACUUCAGACACUGCGUGCUCCGUUUGACUGAGAACAACUCACAGCCUUUGAUGACCAAGCUACAGUGGCUCUUUGCCUUCCUGGAGCUCAGCCAGCGGCCUGCCAUUUCCCCAGAGAACUUCCUUUCCGCAUCCUGGACCCCCUGGUUCAGCCCGGGCACCCAGCAGGACUGCUCCGAGUACCUGAAGUACCUGUUGGAUCGGCUGCACGAGGAGGAGAAGACGGGCGCCCGGAUCUGCCGCACGCUGCAGCAGUCCCGCUCGCCCUCGCCGCCCGAGGAGGCCCCCAGCCCCAGCCCGACGUCCGUGGAGAAAAUGUUCGGGGGCAAGAUCGUGACCCGCAUCCGCUGCCUGCGCUGCCUCCACGUCUCGUCCAGGGAGGAGGCCUUCACGGACCUGUCCCUGGCCUUCCCCCCGCCCGAGCGCUGUCGCCGCCGCCGCCUGGGCUCCGUGAUGCUCCCCGCGGAGGAGGCGCGGGCCCCGGCCCCCGGGCGGCGGCAGCGGAAGCACUGCAUCACCGGGGACGCCCCGCCCAGCGUCUGGGACCUGGCCGGCCUGGCCUCCCCGGGGCCCGGGCGGCCGCGCGGGGAGCAGGCGCAGGUGCAGGUGCGCGGGGCGGAGGAAGGGGAGGCGCCGGAGGAGGCGGUGGGAGCGGACCCGCGGGAGCAGGAGCGGCAGGAGGAGGAGAAGGGCGAGAAGGAGCAGGAGAAGGAGGCCGAGAACGAGAAGGAGGACGACGAACCCAGCCCAGCGCCGGGCGCGCGCAGGGAUGCCGCGGGCCAGGCGGGCGGCCCCGAGGGCUCGCGCUCGGUCCUGGACCUGGUCAACUACUUCCUGUCUCCCGAGCGGCUGACGGCCGAGAACCGCUACUACUGCGAGCCGUGCGCCUCGUUGCAGGACGCCGAGAAGGCGGUGGAGCUGAGCCAGGGCCCGCGCUACCUCAUCCUCACGCUGCUGCGCUUCGCCUUCGACCUGCGCACCAUGCGGCGCCGCAAGAUCCUGGACGACGUGGCCAUCCCCCUGCUGCUGCGCCUGCCGCUGGCCGGGGGCCGCGGCGAGGCCUACGACCUGUGCAGCGUCGUGGUGCACUCCGGCGUGUCCUCGGAGAGCGGCCACUACUACUGCUACGCCCGCGAGGGGACCGCCCGCCCGCCCCCGGACCGGCCCGAGCCCGAGAACCAGUGGUACCUGUUCAACGACACGCGCGUGUCCUUCUCCUCCUUCGAGUCGGUCAGCAACGUCACCUCCUUCUUCCCUAAGGACACGGCCUACGUGCUCUUCUAUCGGCAGCGGCCCGGGGAGGGGCCCGGGCCCGAGCCUGGCUCCCCCAGGGCCUGGGCAGAGCCCACCCUCCACAAGGACUUGAUGGAAGCCAUUUCCAAAGACAACACCCUGUACCUGCAGGAGCAGGAGAAGGAGGCGAGGAGCAGGGCCGCCUACAUCUCUGCGCUCCCGGCUUCUCCGCACUGGGGGCGAGGCUUUGACAAGGACAAGGAUGAGGACGAAGGCUCUCCAGGGGGCUGCAACCCUGCAGGUGGCAACGGGGACGACUUCCACAGACUGGUCUUCUAAUGCUAACCCUGGCCCCCCAGCCCGCUUCUACCUGUGUGGGCCGCUACAGCCAACCUGGGAUGGGGGUGGGGGUGGCCUUGACCUCUUCCUUCUGGGAGCAAGGUCCCGCGCAGGCAGAGGUGCUCUGCCAGGUGGGUUCUACGGCAGCUGGCCUCGUCAGGAGGGCCUGGAGACAGACCUUUCUACAGGAUGGAAAGAUAGGUGGUCUUCAUGCUGGGAUAUGGAGGUGACAUCCAAGCCACUGAGUUGGGCCCCCCUAUCCUGGCAUCAUCCCCCUGAAGACUCUACACCCAAGUGUCCUGGUGAACUGGCCUCUGCUUAGAUGUUCAAGCUCUGGGCUUUGCUCGCCCUGGCGCCCCCACUCUGCUCCACCCGCCGCUCCUGGAGCACGCAAGCGGCUGUUCAGGAAACAGCAGAACCUCACCGCUCCUUUCCCCGCCAAGCAUCAUUUCCGCCCCAAGUCCUGAGAACCAUGGCUCCAGUGUCAACCGCAGAGCAGGCCCCCAACCCGGGCUCAAGGCAUGGGGCGUCGGGCCACACCUCGGGCCUUGCCUGUUUCUGCCUCAACCACACCCAAAUGGCUGGGUUAGGGGCCACCCACGUGGGUGCCUUACAUAGGUUCUGAAUGUACUUUUCUGAGAAGAGGGGUGAGAAGCAGCCUGUCACGGGUCCAGAGGCCUAGAAUAUGGCAUCAGGCAGGCCCCACACAAGCCAAGAAGCCGAGGGAGGCCAGCCUCCCUCACAGGGAAAAGCCCAGAACCCCGACUUUCUCCCCACCAGCCUGCCCCAGUAAGUGCUGAGAUGUCACCAUUCGCAACCCCCCCUUUCUGAUUAGGGAAGGGGCCUUAUUUUACUGCAGGUAAUUGUCUGUCUGGACUCCAGCGUCCAUUCUGAGGAAGGCUGGCCGGCCUAGAUGGUGGGGAGAGCAGGGUUGGGCCCUGGAGUCGGGACACUGAUGGUGGCCUCUGAAGGGUGGAUUGGGGUGGGCUCGGUGAAGAGCAGAUGUUGACUUCAUGGGCAAUAACUCCCAGAGAACAGAGAGCAGCAGCCUGUUCUCAAACAGGAAUUAAAAUAAGUUCUUCGAACCCU